AUGGCAGCUUCAUUUGAUGAAGGGGGUGAAUUGGCACUUACUCUAUGGUCGGGAAACUCUUCAAGAGAAGCUUCUACAUCCAUGGAUGCGCUUCAAUCAUCUUCUCUAACAUCACCGUCAAAAACACAAGAUACAUUUCAAGAAUUUGGAUCCAUGGAAACAUCUGGGACUGAGGUACUUUUACCGCAAAAUAUAUGUGAAGAAGACUUAAGGCCGUAUCAAGCUGAACAGAGGUAUGAAAGCAAAACUGAUUCUUUUUUUCAACAUUCAGAUGAUGAAUGGUCCUCUGCUAAAUCUGAUUUUGAGGUUGAUUUUGAGUGGCGGUCGGAAUAUCCAGAAGAUGACCACGUCAUUGAAUGGUGUUCUGAUGACGACACAUAUGAAGAGCCACCUACAAAUCAACAUAAAAUUCAUGUCUUGAAUAACAUCGAAAGAGCAAGAGUAAAAGAUCUCAUUCUUGCAAAAUCUAAUAAUCUUAAGCUUCCAAAGGGUCUCAUAAAUAAAAUUGCUGAACAAUUCAAUGUUUCUAGAUACACAAUUUCAAGGAUUAAAAAGCAUGUAGUUAAGCAAUUUAAAAAUGGCCAGCAUGUAAAUGUUGAUAAUAGAAAAAAAGGAAGAGUGGGGAGGAAAAGAAUUACAGUAGAUCCUCAAGUUAUCAUGUCAGUUCCCCUUAAGAAACGGACAACAUUGAGAUCCAUGGAAAAAGCAGUGAAUAUGAAAAAAUCAACAUUACAUAGGCUUGUCAAAAGGGGCGAAGUCAUAUCUCAUAGCAGUCCAAUCAAACCAGAUCUCACACCGACACAUAUGAUGGCUAGGAUGAAGUGGUGCUUAGGUCACAUCAUCCCAGCCACAAUUAGAACAAUACCAAGGUUCAGUGAAAUGUACAAUAUCAUUCACGUGGAUGAAAAAUGGUUUUGUAUGUCUAAAACAAGUCAAAAGUUUUACUUGGCUCCGAAUGAAACAAAACCUUAUAGGGCAGUCAGAUCACGGAGGUUUAUCAAAAAAGUAAUGUUCAUUGGAAGUGUGGCUAGACCACAAUUUAAUGAAAUAGGGGAGGUUCUCUUUGAUGGUAAAAUUGGUAUUUUUCCAUUCACGGAACAAAUACCGGCUAAAAGGAGAAGUAAAAAUAGAGCGAGGGGUACUUUAGAGACAAAGGUAGUCCAAUCCAUCACCAAAGAAGUUAUCAGGCAAAAACUCAUUGACAAAGUGCUUCCCGCCAUCAGACAAAAGUGGCCAAGGCAUGUUUCAACUACUGUGUGGAUACAACAAGAUAAUGCCAAGCCCCAUAUUACAGGGGACGACAUCCAGUUUAUGCAAGCAGCCACACAAGAUGGACUAGACAUACGAUUAAUUAAUCAACCACCACAAAGACCAGACCUAAACGUGUUGGACUUGGGAUUUUUCCGAGCUAUUCAAGCAUUGAAGGAACAAGUAAUGCCUAGAAAUAUUGACCAAUUGGUUGAGGCAUUUGAGGAUGCUUUCAAUGGUUAUGAUCCAAGGUUUCUUAAUCGCAUUUUCUUGAGCUUACAAUAUGUGAUGUGUGAAAUACUUAAGGUGAAAGGGAACAAUAACUACAUCAACCCCCACAACAAGAAGCAUAUUUUGGAAAGAGAGGGAUUGUUGCCAGUAUCGGUAGAGCUUUCAAAUCAGUUAGUACAAGAAAGCAUGGAAUGGGUUCAAAAUCAAGUCAAUGCAACAUCAAUUUCGUCAUCACAACACCAUGAUAACGGAAGGCCAUAA